GAACUGCCUCCUCAGGGCGCGGCGGGUUUGCCAGCCGAGCCGGUUGAACCGCAGGGUGCGGCGGACUUGCCAGAGCCAGACGACGCAGCGCCAGAGGCGGCAUCGGGCCCCGAGGAGCGCGGCGACGAGAUUGGUUCCGAGCGCGGCGUCAAACAGGAGGAGCUAGAGAGUGCCAAGCAUGAACUUGAGGAGCAAGAGGCUCCACCGCAGGACGUGGUAGCCAAGGUUGAGAGGCGCUCGCCCGAUGCCGCAUAUAAGGGUGAAGAGCGCUCGCCCGAGGCGGCAGCGCCGCAGGCAGUCGCCAGGCAUGGGGAGUUCGAAGGGGUGCAUGGCAUCGGGGAUGGCGCGAUCGUGCGUUGCAGCCGCUGCUGUCGCACGGCAAAGGAGUGCAACUACAGGAUCAGAGCGAAGGUUCAGUCGACUUACCAGUGCGACGCGUGCAACACGAACGGGGUGCGCCCUUCUCGGAGGUUCGGACAGUGGCCGCCAAAGUGUUUCGCUAAAAUGAAGAGUGAGUUCAAGCAGCAGUUCUACAAAGAUCUGGCAGCAGAUCCUGGGCUGUCGAACCUCGAUCGCAUGGAAGCCUUCGUGGUCAGCUCAAUCACUGUCCAACGGAUGGAGGAGGAGCGCGUCUUCAAGGGUGGCAAGCACCUUCCGCUGAGGAAGUGGGCGCACGAUGGCUUCGACGCGAAACAGAUCGAAGAGAAUGUGCAGGAUAAGAGGUGGAACCGCGAUCUCGGGGAGUGGACGCACAGGCCGCAUUUAGAGGCGGCCUGGAGCGAGACAGCGGAGGCCGCAGUGCGCAACGAGCUGUGCACCGAUAAGAGGACGCAGGCGAAGCAGAGCGGCGCGCGGGCAGCGGCCUCGACGGGCGUCGCAGAGCACGGCGGCGACAGGAGCGACAGAAGCGAAAAGAGCGACAG